AUGGCCGACCUCAUCUUAGAAACAGACGACACAAACAAGCACGCGAGUGCCUUAGUAGCGCCAUUGAACAUACACAAGUCGCCCAAGCGAUCGCGAAGUAGAGGUCCUGGCCAUUCUCGUCAGUCAUCAUCAAGAGGAGGACAGUCGGCUACAUCUCAGUCGCAUAUGUCUCCACCGUUAACACCACGAACCUCGAGAGACUCCCUUGCAGAGCAACCUUCACAACCAGUCUUUCACAACUACUUGCGCGCCUUCUACCACUUCCACCCUAGCUCCACUGUGUCCUCGUCGACCGAUGAAUCCUCUAUUACCGUGCCUAUCAACCAAGGAGACGUGAUUCUCGUGCACUCGGUCCAUCCGAAUGGCUGGGCUGAUGGGACAUUGUUGGCAUCCGGAGCUCGUGGAUGGCUUCCGACAAAUUACUGCGAGCCAUAUGAUCAUCCAACCAUAAGAACCCUGCUGAGUGCACUCACUAAUCUGUGGGACCUUGUUCGCGAUGGUGAAAAUGGUGACUUGGUAGUCUUCAUGAAGCAGGAUUAUAUCAGAACCUUGAUCGCCGGCGUCCGCUUUUUCCUGGUGAGUCAAAAGCAACCCUACCUGACCGCGUACAGAAUGUCGCUGAUUGUGAUCAAGGAAAAAACGGAUUGUCUGACGAGGGAAUCGCCACUUGUCGUAGCUCACGUUGGUCUCCGACGAAUGCGUAAAGGGUUACUAGGCGAUCUCUCUUCUCUCGUCAAGACCGCUAAAAAAUUGCAGGAGGUGCUGCAGUCGAAUGACUCACCGGGUCUGGUUUUUGGGCGCCUGGAUGAACUUGUGCUCAAAGCCUUCAAGCUCGUGACUAGGGCCGUUCGCUUCCUUGAUAUAUGGGCGCAAGAUGCAGUGUCGCUGUCAUUUGACAUGGGGGAGGGCAAUAAUAGACCGCUGACCCCUCCAUCUGACUCCGCUGAUCUCGCAGUGCAACCGCCCGCAACGUCGAAUCACGACGACGUAGGUAGUGUGCAAGCGAAUGACGAAGCAGCUUCUGUAUCACAAGCGAGCGCGUGUGUAACGCGCGAGUUAUUGGACCACGAAGCAACGCAACCACGCAACCUCGCCCGUCUCUCCGUUGCCUUCUCGAUUCCUUCAGACUCGGACGCGCUCCAAUCACCUUUGUUACCUCCUCAGCCCCAAGCUCAGGCAAAACGACUAUCUGUUACGCAUCGGUUGUCGUACACCGGAAAGUCUCAAAGCACGCGAAAACAUAAUCUUGCCUCGGAGCGGCUGAACGCUGCACACGAUUCUUUCUUGGGCUUUAUAGGCUCGUUUAUUGGACUGCACCUGCAGUCGCGCUCCUCCGAAGAGCUCGCAGUGACCACACAGGAAUCUGUCAUAGCGUGUCGAAACCUCCUCGCUGUCGUCGAGGAAGUAUGGGAACGCGAUUCUCGAAGAUCCGAACAACUGGAGCAGGCAAGGGAGAUGAUGUACACGCGACUCGCAGAACUCGUCCAGGCGACCAAAGACAUGUUCAGCAGCUCCGAGGCGGGGAUGGGUGACGAGGUGAUCAUGCCGGACCAGGGCAAACAGCUUGUCAUUGCAGCCACGAGCUGUGUUCGCUCGGCCGGAGAAUGCGUUACGAAAGCAAGGCUGGUGAUUGAGCGCAUAGGGGACUUCGAGUUUGAGUACGACGAACAAGGCCUGUCGCACUCUGUCUUCGAUCAACUCAACCAGAACCGACUUGGUCUCGAUCAACCACAGGCCGCGUUUCAAGUCGAAGUACCAAGUCAGCCAGAACGCAUGCUCGAAAUCGAGAAACCGCUCCCUCCGCCACCGACUGAUGACCGCAAGUUGCUGCCACCACUGGUCAUCUCAGAAUCGAAGCCACUUCCCGACGUCCCACAUUCACCAUCAACAAGCAAUCAGAACGCGUCGCUUCGACCUUCUCAGAAUCCUUGCGCUGAAAGCCCGGUCGCCACCUCGGUUCGGUCGUCCAUGUCUUCUUUACCACACUCUUCGGUCCAGCACAACCUUCCGCAACUUCCGCAACCGAGCGCCUCGGAUUACUCCCAAAGUCCUGCCAGUGCAACACAGCGAUUCUUUGGGAAAUCAAUUCGAGCCGAUAGUGUCAAUGCUUCCGUUGCUGAUUCUAGUAGCACGUGCAGGUAUAGUAUGCGAGGCGAAACUGCUAGCAUAGUAUCGCAGACCUCAACCCGGGCGACGACACCCGACCAAUCUCCCGCGAAGAAGUACAGUGCGCAGACACUUGUUAGCAGCUUUGGCAGCUCAUCAGAGCUUCGAUCUGUCGCUAGCGAAGAUGUUGAAGCGGUUGAAGAGCAUCUACUCGAAACGACGUAUUCUCAUGAACUUCUCUACAAUAAAGACGGCCAGGUCUCCGGAGGUUCUCUUCCGGCCCUGGUAGAGCAGCUGACCUUACACGAUUCUACGCCUGACACAAGCUUUGUCACCGCGUUCUAUCUCACGUUCCGAUUGUUCACCACUCCGGUUGAGCUAUCGCAAUGCCUGAUUAAUCGAUUCGACCUCAUUGGCGACAGUCAGUCGGUAGGCAUACCUGUCCGUCUACGAAUCUACAACGUGUUCAAGGGCUGGCUAGAAAGCCACUGGGUGGUUGAAUCUGACUCUGCGGCUCUCGGCAUCAUCUUCUCGUUCGCAACGGGGAAGCUUCGAUCAACUCUGCCAGCCGCAGGGAAACGCCUUGCAGAGUUGACGUCCAAAGCCACUGAGAUCCGCGCUGGAGCUUUAGUUCCUCGUCUUGCGUCAUCUCUGGGCAAGACUGGUGUCUCUGGCUCCGUGUUCAUCCCGGCGGACAAUACAGCGCCUAGUUCGAACAUGAACAGAAGUCAGAUAAACACUCUGAGGGCGUGGAAGGAAGGCAGGACGCAAUGCAGCAUUCUCGAUUUCGAUCCGCUGGAGAUGGCAAGACAGUUCACCAUCAUUGAAUCGAAACUGUUUUGCACGAUACAACCUGAGGAGCUACUUGCAUUGGAAUGGAUGAAGAAAGCUGGGAAAGGCGUCAAUGUCAAGGCGAUGGCUACACUCUCGAAUGAUCUGACCAAUUUGGUCACAGAUACGAUCCUACAGGUAGAGGAUGUGAAGAGAAGGGCUAUCGUCAUCAAACAAUGGGUGAAGAUUGCGGGCAAAUGCCUAGAACUCAACAAUUACGAUUCGCUGAUGGCCAUUCUGGCUUCGUUGAACUCUACCACAGUUCUUCGACUCAAGAGAACCUGGGAGCUGGUCUCUGCCAAAACGAAGGCUCGCUUCGACGAGCUUAAAACAGUUACUGACAUCAGUAAAAAUUACGCGGCCCUUCGUCAGCGUCUUCACGAUCAUGUGUCGCCCUGCAUUCCCUUCGUCGGCAUGUACCUCACUGACCUUACAUUCGUGGACGCUGGGAAUGAACCCACACGCCAGCUACCUGGUGAAUCUGGAGAAGAUGGGAUCUCUGUUAUCAAUUUCGACAAACACAUGAAGACUGCCAAGAUUAUUGGGCAACUGCAGUCAUGCCAGGUACCCUAUCGCCUAGCAGCAGUUCCAGAAAUGCAGGAGUGGAUGGAGUCCCAAAUACAACGGAUGCAUUCGAACAAGGAAGCCAACCCGCAGAGCUUUCACCGACAAUCUUUACUUUUGGAGCCUCGAGAGCCUCCGCGGGUCGUCAAAGCCGCCCCUCCUCCAGUUAGCAGUAGCGCAGCCAGCACGAUGACCGCCAAAGAUCGUUUCGACAUGUUGAGUUUGUCGAAUUACUUCACCAACAACGCCAAGGACCGGUAA